CCCGCCAGACCCACAUUGCGCUCAUUCGCUCAGCUGUGCGUGGCGGUAACACGGGUGGUGCGUUCAAAACACACCAUGGUCAUCUCGCUUAGCCGAGUUCUCAUCAGCGACGAAGUCGAUCCCAAGUGCGUGGACAUCUUGCAGUCCCAUGGCGUAGAAGUAGUAACAAAUACUAAGCUGUCCAAGAAUGAGCUGAUUGCAGAAAUUCCGAAAUAUGAUGGGCUGAUUGUCAGGUCAGCCACAAAAGUGACAGCAGAAGUGAUAAAUGCAGGGAAGAAUCUCAAAAUAAUAGGUAGAGCUGGGACAGGUGUUGACAAUAUUGACUGCCAGGUUGCAACAGAACGGGGCAUAAUUGUUAUGAAUACGCCUGGUGGCAACACAUUAAGUGCUGCAGAACACACAUGUGCUCUUAUCAUCAGCUUAACUAGGGAUCUUGCUCGGGCAGCGCAGUCCAUGAAAGAGGAGCGAUGGGACCGCAAAGCAUUCAUGGGGAUAGAACUGAAUGGCAAGACAUUGGCCAUCAUAGGCCUAGGUCGCAUAGGCCGGGAAGUUGCAUUAAGAAUGCAGUCAUUUGGCAUGAAGACCAUUGGUUAUGAUCCUAUAAUUGGAGCAGAGGUUGCUGCAGAAUUUAACACAGAGUGGCUUCCCUUGGAGAAUCUAUGGCCCUUGGCUGAUUUUAUCACAGUGCACACACCUCUCAUUCCUGCCACUACAAAUCUCAUUAAUGACGAUGUAUUUGCCAAGUGUAAGCGUGGAAUGUGUGUCAUAAAUUGUGCUCGUGGUGGUAUUAUUGAUGAGGCUGCAUUGCUGAGGGCGCUGGAGUCAGGGCAGUGUGGUGGAGCAGGCCUUGAUGUCUUUGUUGAGGAGCCUCCCAAAGAUUACAGUUUGGCAAAGCACCCAAAAGUCACCGCUACACCUCAUCUUGGGGCCAGCACACGUGAAGCGCAGAGUCGUGUGGCUGUGGAAAUUGCAGAACAAUUCAUAGAUCUUGUGCAAGGGAAACAGCUCUUUGGUGCAGUAAAUGCUCCAGCACUCUCCAAUGCUUUGAGCCCCGAAUCUCAACCCUGGGUGAGACUUGGAGAAAAUCUUGGGGUUCUGGGAAGUUUGCUGGCUAGGGAUUCAGUUGCAUCUAUGCAUCUUACUACAAUUGGAACAAGCUUAGAUAAAGCUGGAUCUUAUUUGAGUGCUGCUAUGUUGGCUGGUUACCUUCGUUCAACUAGAUCAGGUGAUGCAGAUGCACCACUUAAUCUGAUUAAUGCCCCAGUUUUGGCCAAACAAGCAGGGCUGACUGUGAAGAUGUCGACACAAAGCCAGGUGAGCACCACAGCAAGCAUCUCAGUAAUAUUCACCACAGCAGGUGGGCAGUCAGUGCAGCUAGCUGGUUCAGUGGCUGGAGGUGUGCCUGUUCUUACUGAAGCACAAGGAGCAUCAUUCACGGUUCCUGCCAGCUUGUCUGGCCCAGUGCUCAUCUUCCAAGCUGUGCCAUCACCAGCAUUACUGCCUUCUGUGAUUGAGGCUGUCACCAAAAAUGGAGCAUCAGUGAUAGGACUGUCGCUGUCACAGGCUGUUAAUGCAUCGGUCUGCGGCAUCAUAAACCUGUCAUCUGCUCUUGCUAAUGGCCUUGAGGCUCUGAAGACAAUUGUGUCAUCGUCAAAUCAAGCUGUAUUGUAAUGCCUUUUAAGAACUUUAAUGCCUUUUUCUAUUUUGUGAAUUUGAAAUUUUAUCUGCAUGAGAUCUGCAACCCAUAACAGCACGUUUGUCUGUCAAACUGGGAUUACUUUAUUCCUGUAAAAUAACAAGCAGAGCAACUUUUAAAAAAAUCUCAUUUUGCCUUCAUUACCUCAAAUAUUUGCAAAUGAAGGGUUUGUAGACUUCAACUUUGCACCAUAUUACCGAGGAUCUCUGCUGUCUCUUGAUGCAUCUUGCUCAUUCAUGUACUAGUGUCUGUAUUAUAGCAUCUGAUUUAUACACGAAUAUUUCUAAACUGUGGACCAAUGUACUCAUGAAUUUUUUAAUAUUUAUGCAUUUUUUUAGGAUUCUAGGGUGAUCUAUUUGUUAAAAAAGCAUAUCAUUUUGGUCUCUGUACUAGCCAGUAUCUUCAGGUGGAAGCCGCAAGACCCAUUGCAAGUUUGAGAGAAACAUUUCUGACAUUUACCUCAGCAAGCUGACUUGUUGAUCUUGUUGAUGCUUCCUCUUGAAUUCUGUCUUUGGUACUUUUUAACAAGUCAAACUGUAAGAACUGUAAUACUACAGCUCCAAGAUAGAGACAGCUACUGCAAUGGAAGCAGCUGUGUCUGCAUUGAUGGGAUGAUGAUCACUGUGAUUACAAAGGAUGUUAGAUGCAUAUUUACUGCCUUUUUGUGCUUCCAGUUUUCAUAUUUACAUUGUCAUGAUACUUGGCCAAGACCUGUUUAAUGCUAAUAAAAAGUACUUUUGCCAUCAAA